GUUCCAAACAACAAAACUAAAACAAAAGAAAAAUGCUUUCAAAGAUGAAGCUGGUGGUUCUCAUGUCGUUCUUGCUUCUGCUUCCAUUGUUUUCUUCGGGGUUAAGAGAGGGCCAUGGAGUUGCUCACUCCGACCAAUAUUCCUUAAACAAGGUUGACGAGAGUAUUCCGACGAUCAUGGAUUAUCCGGAACCAGGCCCAGACCCAAAACACGAUCCAACAAAACCCGGUUAUGGUUUUCCUCCGCCACCGCCGCCGCCGCUACCACCAUCACCGAAGAUGAACUAAGAAUCAGGAUGAAGCAAAAAUAUCUAAUAAUGUAAAUCAUGCUCGCGAGAAGAACUAGUAUUCUGUGAAGCAAAAAAAAAAAAAAAAAACUGAAAUAUGAUGAUUCUAUGAUAUGUACUAUCAAAGUAAUCAAUUAAAUAAUUAAAAUGUUCAAUAAAUUUGGUCAAAGAAUUGGUCAAUUGUUUGAAUCA